AUGGCGGGAAUCAUGAAGCGGCUCACGGGGGCGGGCUUCUCCACGGGGGUGCUCCGCGGCGACGGGGCCAAGGGGUGCGUGGGGACCGCAUUGGCUGAGAAUGCUUGGUGGACUAGCAGGGAUGAUGCGCAGCCGGCGACCGAGGUGGUGGUGGACGCGCCCGUGUUCACUGGCGCGCUGGAGCCUCCGGCGCCAGUGAGCACCAUCUCGACGUUCAAAGUGGCGGGGCACGAGGCCUUGAGCGCGGACCACCUGAAGACGAUCUUCCCCAUGGGAGCGCCAGAGUGCUACAAGGCCAGCGGAGC